GAGAGCAGCAGGAAGUGCAGAGGAACCUUGUGCUGCCUGGUAAGCAGGUACGGAUCGUGGUAGGACAGGAGCAGCUGGCACUGUGGCAUUUAUGUGCCCUGAAGGCAGGUGGCUGUGGACUGCACGCAAGAUAAACAACAUUUUGCAUAUACAUUGAGUUUCAAAGUUACUUUUAAAGGAAAUGGUGCGGAUUUUAGCAAAUGGAGAAAUUGUUCAAGAUGAUGACCCACGGGUGAGGGCGAACACCCAGCGCAGCAGUACCCGCCAGGGAUUUUUUAACACUGCAGGAAAUGCUGGAGCAGGAGGACCACAGCAGGUGCCCCAAGAUGGGGUGAGACAGGAGGGGCGUUCUCCUUUCACCGACAUUAACCAGCAGCUGGUGAAUAUGGGUUUUCCACGAUGGAACCUGGGAAACCAAGUGGUAGAGCCAGUCAUGUCCAUUCUCUUUCUUUUCCUCAUACUUAUGAUGGGUGUCCGUGGCUUGCUUCUAGUUGGUUUAAUAUAUCUUGUGUCCCACCUUAGUCAGCGAUAAGUGGAAACAUGGGACACUGGACACGAAGACUGGAAAGCCACGAAGUGUGGUCUAUAUCUGGAUAAAAUCGGUGGUGGUGGUGACCUUCGGUGGACCCUGACAGAAAAAUCCAAACUUCAGAACUACAGGACACUUUUGAAUGACUCGCUCCUACCACCUAGUGGUAGGAAAUGUUAGUUACAUGGAAGCGCUCUUGGAAGGAAUUAUUAGUGAUAUGGAAGGAUUUCUGUGUUUUCUAGUUCCUUGGUUUUAUUCCUAAAUACAUUCCUACUCUAUUUGUAUGCUAAGCUAAAUUAAUAUCGUCAACAACCACUUGAUAUGAAAUGAGAUCUUCGUUUUCUCCAUUCCACAUGUCUUUUUUACUGUGCAGAUACAAGAUGAAGAGUUAUAAAUAAACCCAAUAUGCACAAGUUGUGUCAAUCA